AUCGAUCAUCACUCACUCACUUCUUCUUCUACUUAUAUAAAUCCACGUUCAAGAACUUGCAAAUUAGAGAACCAAACUUUGAUAUUUAAAUCAAAUCCGAAAGACAUAAUAAAAAAGAAGAAGAAGGAAAUAUGGUAAGAAGAAACGCAGUUCAUGCCAUGUCAAGUCUUCCGUCAAGGUCCUGGUGGCCGCAACAACGAAGGAAAGGAAAACGAGUCGUCGUGCGGUUAGGAAACCGGCGACGAGGGUUUUUGGUGGGGCCACCGCGGAUGGUUAUGCAGAGAUGGAGGAUGAACAUGGGAAAGCCGAUGAAGAUGAUGAGAAGUAUCAUUUUGGGGAUACUCUCAAAUGGUGGAAAUGUUAAGUUCUUAGAUGCUUACCUUUGGUCUUUACCAAUCUUACGUCCUCACUUGUUUCCACUGUGUUGAUUUUUGUAAUACCAAUUUCUACUUGUGAGACUGUAAUAUUUAUUUAUCUUGUUCUUAUUUUUUUUGUGUGAAUCAAAAUAAUCGGCUUCAUAAUAAAUCUUUAUUCUUGCUAGCUUCUUCUUUAAGAGUCGAGGUUAAUGAAAACAACUAGUUUUGAGU